AUGGCUACAAUCAUGAGAGGGAUCACCAAGGCGCCUCGAAGAGCGGCAUCUCCUCCUUUGUGCUUUCCUCCCAACGACUUCGAGACCGUCCCUGACUGGGAGGUGCUUGAAGAGGAAUGGUUCGAUAAGUUCAAAAAGAGACAAUAUUACCCCGCGAAUAUCGGCGAAGUGCUUCAUUCCCGAUACCAAAUCGUCGGCAAACUUGGAUUUGGGGGUACUUCUACCGUCUGGCUCGCUCGGGAUCUUCAAGGUCAUCGAUAUGUGGCACUCAAAAUUUACACUCGUGGCGAAGGCAGCCGGAAUGAUUUCGAGAUUUACAAACAACUAGAUCAGGGCCCAUCGCACCCUGCCUAUGAUUUUGUGCGGAGAGCACUGGAUAUCUUCACGAUCCCCCGUCCCGGUGGUGACCAUUCGUGCAUCGUCUUGGUACCGAUGUGGGAAAGCUUCAGGGAUUUUCUAGAUCGUAAUCCCGUCCGUCGGUUUCCUGUGAGCAUUCUCAAAAUGGGUCUCGUGCAGAUCUUUGCUGCACUUGACUUUUUGCACACUGAAUGCAAGCUCGUGCACACCGACAUCAAUAGCUCCAAUGUCCUUCACGAACUCAAAGAGGAAUCACUGUUCGAAAGAUUUACGCAGGCUGAAAUGCAGAAUCCUUCGCGUCGCAAAAUUGUCAAUGACAUGCCGGUGUAUGCCUCGCGACGUUUCGAUAGGCAGAUGUUGCACGGCCACGCAGUUCUCGGCGACGUCGACUCUGCCGUUUCGGGAGAGAAGACAUGGAAUCAUGAUGUACAGCCCAAUGUCUACAGAUCGCCGGAAGUGAUGCUAGGCACUGGUUGGAGUUACCCGGUCGACAUCUGGAACGCCGGCGUUAUGGCAUGGGAUCUGUUUGAAGGACGACGCCUGUUCUACGGAAAUGAGCCUGAUGGUAGAGGUUAUUCGACCCGCGCACAUCUUGCAGAAGUUGUGGCCCUUAUGGGACCCCCUCCUUUGGAUAUGCUCCAGCGUGGAAAACGGAGUCUCGAAUUCUUCACUGAGGAUGGGAAAUGGAAGCAGGACAUCAACAUCCCCAAAGGGAUCAGCUUGGAGAUGUCGGAAGAGUUCCUCGAGGGAAAGGACAAGAAAAUGUUCCUUGCAUUCAUGAGAAAGAUGCUUCAGUGGCGGCCUGAGGAUAGGGAGACGGCGGGGGAGCUGUUCUUCGAUCCGUGGCUGAAUGGUGAGGUGGAGUAG